AUGAAGACGAUUUCCACCGACAAUAUAUUCCAAAAUGGCCAAAUCCAUCCUGUGUUCCCAAUUUUCAACCUAGAUCUCUUGUUCGCCGAUGCUGACGACGAUGAUUUUUCCAUAGCCAAAAGGGCUGCCGCUUCCUCUUCCUUUUUGCAGCCGCCAUUGAAGAAGCUCUUCUUUGAACAGCGAGAUACGCCGAACUUGCCGAAGCAAAUCCACGAGAUUAAGGAUUUCCUUCUAACUGCAAGAAGGAAGGAUGCACACUCUAUCAAAAUCAAGAGGAGCAAAGAUGCUGUCAAGUUUAAGGUUCGAUGCUCCAAGUACCUUUACACUCUUUGCGUGUUUGAUUCGGAGAAGGCCGACAAGUUGAAGCAAUCCCUUCCUCCAG